AUGCAUCCGCUCGUGGGGGCGCUGCUGGUGGGGGCCGGGGAGCGGUGGUGGUGGCCGUGCUGGGGCCCGGCGGCGCGCCACGCCGCGGCGUGGGCCGGCGCGCUGGCGCUGGCCGUGUCGGUGGCGUCGUUCGCGCCGGAGGCCGCGUUCGUGUGGGCGCUGGCCAGCGGCGGGUGCGCGGCCGGGUCGGUGCGCGUGCCGCUCGACGGCGGCGGCGACCACGUCUGCGUGCCGGCGAGGAUGGCCGGCCGGACCUGCGCCGACAUCAUCGUGCCGCCGGUGUUCGCGGCGCUCUCCGUCGGCGCCUCCGCGUGCUUCGUCCGGACGAUCGCCAUCGGCCGCCGCCACGGCUACUAG